AUGGUGGUGUUGAUGGUUCAGCCAAAGGGAGGGAAGGGGGAGGGUGCAAAGGAGUUCCAAGUGGCCCCUUGUCGGGGAGACUGCGUCUCUCUCAAGGGGCUCUGCCGCGUGAUGGGCAAAGGCUUCGCGGGGUGUAUGCUCCUUCCCCACAUCUCCCCCCGCGAGGUGCGCGUACUCAUGCUCCUGUACUCGUCCAAGAAGAAGAUCUUCAUGGGCCUCAUCCCCUACGACCAGAGCGGCUUCCUCAAUGCCAUCCCGCAGGUCAUCACCACGCGCAAACAGGCAGUGGGCCCUGGUGGUGUCACGGGCCCGGCGCAGAUCCUCAACCAGUUCCUAGCGUGGGGUGGAGUCAUGGAGUGGCAAGAGCCCAGGCCUGAGCCCAACAGUCGGUCCAAGAGGUGGCCGCCAUCACAUGUCUACGUGAACCAAGGGGAGAUCCUGAGGACUGAGCAGUGGCCAAGGAAGCUGUACAUGCAGCUCAUCCCACAGCAGCUGCCGACCAUGGUACCCCUGUUUCGGAACUCGCUCCUGGUCCAGUUCCACUUCACCAAGGACCUGGAGACGCUGAAGAGCCUGUGCCGGAUCAUGGACAAUGGCUGUGCCAGCUGCGUGCACUUUUCCUACAAGGCAUCGUGCGAGGUGCGCGUGCUCAUGCUCCUGUACUCGUCGGAGAAGAAGAUCUUCAUCGGCCUCAUCCCCCAUGACCAGAGCAACUUCAUCAACGGCAUCUGGUGUGUCAGCAGCAGCGUGGGAUGGGGGGGGGGUAGUGGCCACCCCCAGGCUGGGCCCCUCCAGGAGUCACAGACGAGGCCCCCGCCAAAACUGGAAGUGAUGAAGCUGUGGUUUCCAGGCUGGGACUGGAGGGCCCAUGGGGUGCUGGGAGGCCCUGUCCAGGUCCUCCCACUCUCCUCCUGCCCCCAGGUCAGAUGCUUCUGA